AUGUCUUGUAUUAUAUAAUUAACCUAUAGAGCAAAACGAUCCUUAUCAUAGAGUAUUUUUCAAUUUAAUAAGAUCCUACUAGAUAGUUGCCACAUAAAUUUACAUUACCCAAACUAUCUGUAGAUAGGUAAAGAGCAAUAUCAUUUGACAGAUGUACCCAAAAUAAGAAACCUAUUUCGAAUUCACCUAAACCUCAUACUUAAUCUCCUAAAAUAAUUGCUAAAUCAGUACAAACAGACUUUAAUCAUUUGAAAUUAUCCUUAUGCUCCAAAUAAUCUGUUGUUUUAGAAGGCAAUCAAUUUAAAAGUACAAUAAAAAGAAAACUCAAAUAAUUACCCAUAAAUUCUAAUGAUUUUUGUUACGCUGGUUUUAAAACUACUGACACAGAAUAUGAUGAUUUUUCUUUAGAAGCAUAUCUAAAACGAUAAUGA